AAAAGACAGAUAGAGAAUCAGGCGGCUGCAAAGGGUGGCAGUACGACCCUCUUUUGGGGGGGUCUGAUUAUAACAAAAUAUAUACACACAUAUAUGCAUGCCCAGGGCCGCGAGAUAGGUCAUAUGCCGAUUGUAGCUAUUUUAGACAACAUCUAGACGUAUAUCUAUACAUUUUAAAAAUGCCUAUUUUACUUUUCCUGAUAGACACGUCCGCUUCUAUGAAUCAGCGCACUUAUUUGGGUACGACGUAUCUGGACAUUGCUAAAGGCGCGGUUGAGAUCUUUAUGAAGCUGCGUGCCCGAGACCCGGCUAGUAGAGGCGACAGGUACAUGCUAGUUACAUUCGAUGAUCCACCAUACGGCGUAAAGGCGGGCUGGAAAGAGAAUCAUGCCACAUUCAUGAGUGAGCUGAAGAACCUGCAGGCAUCUGGACUGACUACACUGGGUCACGCUCUUCGUGCCGCCUUCGACCUGCUCAAUCUCAACAGACUUGUCUCUGGCAUCGACAACUAUGGGCAGGGUCGAAAUCCGUUCUUUCUGGAGCCGUCAGUCAUCAUUACAAUUACAGAUGGAAACAAACUGACACACAGCUCGGGAGUGGCUGAGGAGCUUCACCUGCCGCUGAAUUCCCCAUUGCCUGGUAGUGAGCUAACUAAGGAGCCGUUCCGAUGGGACCAGAGACUCUUCGCCCUGGUCCUGCGUCUGCCAGGAGUGGCCGUGCCCGACAGUGAGCAGCUGGGAAGUGUGCCCACUGAUGAGUCUGCCAUAACCCAGAUGUGUGAGGUCACUGGAGGCCGCUCUUACUGUGUAAGAACCCAAAGGAUGCUGAACCAGUGUCUUGAGUCUCUCGUCCAAAAGGUGUUGAGUGGAGUUGUAAUACAUUUUGAGAAAACCGGUCCAGAUCCACCAGUGAUUGGUGAAGAUGGUCUUGUGGAUCCAGCUCGUCCUUUGACGUCCUUCAGUCCACAGCCUUGGCACAGCUGCCACAAGCUCAUUUACGUCCGGCCCAACCCCAAGACUGGCGUACCUGUGGGUCACUGGCCAAUCUCAGAAUCCUUCUGGCCAGACCAAAACUCCCCUACUUUGCCUCCUCGUUCUGCCCAUCCUGUGGUGCGGUUUUCCUGUGUUGACUGUGAGCCGAUGGUUAUCGACAAGCUGCCUUUUGACAAAUAUGAGCUGGAGCCGUCCCCGCUCACCCAGUACAUCUUAGAAAGGAAAUCUCCGCACAUGUGCUGGCAGGUGUUUGUGAACUGCAGUGGCAAACACAGUGAUGUUGCCCACCCGUUCGGCUACCUGAAGGCCAGCACGACACUCACCUGCGUCAACCUCUUCGUCAUGCCUUACAACUAUCCUGUCCUGUUGCCACUCCUCGAUGAUUUGUUUAAAGUGCACAAACUAAAGCCAAACCUCAAGUGGCGGCAGUCCUUUGAAAUGUACCUGAAGUCCAUGCCUCCGUACUAUCUACUGCCUCUCAAGAAGGCGCUAAGGAUGAUGGGAGCCCCGAAUCUCAUCUCUGAUAACAUGGAUUGUGGCUUGAGCUACAGUGUCAUUUCCUACCUGAAGAAACUCAGCCAGCAGGCAAAGAUUGAGUCAGACCGUCUGAUUGUGUCUGUCGGUAAGAAGCCUCCUCCAGAGACGGGCAUCAAGGUGAAGAACCACUCGAAUGCCUUGUCUCUGGCACACCGCCGGGAUUUCAAACAACUCCUGCAGGGCAUCACGGGUGAGGUUCCCCUCCGGCUCAUCGACAUGAACUUCAAAGAGUUUGCUGGUUUCCAGAUCGCACUUCUCAACAAGGAUUUGAAGCCCCAGGCCUAUAGGAAUGCUUAUGAUAUUCCACGACGAAACCUUCUAGAUCAAGUGACUCGAAUGCGUUCCAACCUUUUGAGGACAACGCAAAAGCUCAUCAGGGGCCAGGAUGAUGACUCUUUGCACAGUAUUCCAGUGGGACAGAUGGGAAAUUAUCAGGAGUAUCUGAAGAUGAUGCCAUCACCUCUGCGUGAGAUUGAUCCAGACCAGCCCAAACGACUGCACACAUUCGGCAACCCAUUCAAACAAGACAAGAAGGGAAUGAUGAUCGAUGAAGCCGAUGAAUUUGUGACAGGUCCUCAAAAUAAGAAGCGGGGUAACACGGGGGAUCUAAACUCGGGUACAGCUCUAAAGAGGAGGAGGAGUAUGUCCCCUCUGCUCCGCCGGCCCCAAACCCCUCCAAUAAUAACCAAUCAUGUAUUGGGCAAAGGGCCCACAGGGACUCAAGGCCAACAAGGAAUCAUCAAGCCCAUUCCACUACACAAAGGAGCUGAGGGGAACAGUGUAGGAGGCACAGAAAGCAAUGGCGAGCGAGUGGCAGGUACUGACGCUGGAGACUGCUGGCCUGGAGAAGUGGACGGAGAAUCAGGAGAACCCGCACCUGUGGAGGACAGAGGAGACGCUGCGGCACCGGACGGAGAGGAGGAGAUACUAGCACUGGAAAAUUGUCUUGAUGACAGAUCCCCUGACCACACGCAAAACUGUGAGGAGCUCAGUCCUCCGGGCCAGGAGGGGGAGAUGGAAGUCAAUGAAGGAGACACUCCAGCACAGGGCACGAUUGUCAUGAUUCCCCUGGAGGGGAGUAACGCAGAGCUGCGCACUCGGGUUAUCAAAGAGGUCCGCAAGCCUGGCCGCAAUUAUGAGGCGAUAUUUAGGCUGCUGGAGGAGGUGAAAGGGCCUGUAUCAGUCCAGAGGUACUUUAUUCAUCAUGCCAUCAAAGAGGCAGCCAGGUUUAAAAAGCGUGUGCUGAUUCAGCAGCUGGAAACCGCUCUGGAGGAGAUUGAAGACAGACAGAUGCUACCCGCACAAAUCAACAAUGUCCACAGCAGAUAGUGGCAAGUCACAUCUCACCGCUGAGAGACACACCAGACGAGGAGAGCUGGCAGAUCAUGCCAGCGGAGCACACAGGUUUGAGCCCGACCCAUCAGCCUCAGUACCAGAGUACGCAGUGAUGGAGAAGGGGAAUUAAAGAUGACGGAGGCCUGUCUGGCUCUGAUCCAGGCGCUUCCAGUUACUGUGAUGUGUCAUAAAAGAAGCGUUCCAGGUUCGACAGGGGUUUUUUAUUCAAUCUGCAGGCUUUGCAGGCCUAAAAAAUGACCAUAAUGGAACUAUAAAAAAUGGAUAAACACACUCCA